UCGAGGCUAUCUUGUGCAUUUGCGCCCCGAAACAUGGCGCUCGGCUGAGUAAUCUUCGACUGUGUUUAUUAAUCCAUAUAUAAACCUUCAAGGCUGAAGCGGUCACCUUUGAAAGCGCUCUGUAAACCCUAAUGCAUUGAAAUCUUUAUUACGGACUUACAAUGUGGCAAUUAGGAGUUUGGGAAAUAUUUGGAAUUGUUUUAGUUUCAUUGUACUUCGUUGCCUCUCUACUCCGCCGAACACCAGGAGAGCAGCGUACAAAACAAGAAACAUCCAAAGAAUCAAAAGACAAGAAGCGAUUAGAUAAAAGCUGCGAUCGCGACUCAGAUAAGGCAGGGAAAGUGAUAUUGAAUAACGAAGAUGCGGGUAAAGGACUUCGCGAGGAUGAAGGGCAAGAAGAGACAAGUACUCAACAUGUUUUGCAAGAAUCGAUUGCGACUUCACAAAUCACUAAAAACGUACCUUGCGAGAUAACAGCAAAGCUAAAUGCCACAAAGUCUCCGAGCACAUCUGACGAACUGAUAGAUCUAGAUGGCAAUUUCAGUAGCGAUAAGAGUUACAAAACUAUCCGUAGUUCCGGAGAUGAAGAAAGCCUUGAGAUUUCUUAUGAUUUGGAAACUCAAUUUUCAAGCGAUUAUAAGAUCUCUGAGGCUUUAGCGGAAGUGGGGCUACGAAUGCAUAAAGACGGAAAACCAAGCACUUCUUGCACUUCAGAGGGAUUUAAUUCGUACAAGUCAGAAGAGGAUGAAAAAGUCGUUGAAGAGGUUUAUUUGUCGGUUAUGCAAGACAAACCGUUGGAAAAACAGACAGAAACCCCGAAACCAGAAUCUGCCAAGAACACGAGCGAGUCUGAAUUAGAGGCCAAUUCGGAGAAUGCUAGACAUGCAUUGCAAAUAUCGAAUUACGCUGAUUCUCUCGUCAGGGACACAACGAUUAAAGCGGUUAAAGAUGUGCAGACUUAUGCAUUUGCUGAAGACCUCUCUAUUGACAUUAUCGGAGAUGCUAUGAGUGAAAUACCGCAGACUGACUCUGUACCUUCCUCAUCAUCAUCAUCUGAAUCAUCAGAAUUAUUACACGAGAAGCAGCUAGACAUAUUUGUUGAUGAACUUCUCAAAGAGGUUAUUGAAAAUGCUGUAAGUGAUGUCGAGCAAAUAAAAGAUUUUGCCAACAACCUUUCAGAUAUCAUAUGUGCUGACUCAACAAUUACCGUUAUUACAGAAAGAAAACUGAAAGAAGAAAAUGAAGCUCUUGAAAGGAGUAGUUACUUAAAUGAUAGGCCCAGCAGGUUAAGUGUAGCUGAAGUGGAACAUUUAGAUGCAGACGAAAAGACAACACAACCCUAUUUCCCAAGCAAUAAUAAUCAGAACACCCAAACAAAUACUCAGCAAGGCACUAAAGUGCUUAAUAAUAAUUAUGAGGUAAUAAGCAGUGAAACUGUUUCCUCCAAGAACGACUCACCAGGGAUCCCUGAGAUAAGGGAUUUUUCAGCUGUUAGCAAUGAGAAACCAGUAGAACUAACAGAGCUCACAGCUGGGGAUGAAACAGCUGAGGUGAUUUUUAAACAGGGAUUAAACCCCCCAGAUAGUGCCUUAGAACAAGAAGAACAAACAGAUCCAAGGGCUGGAGAUAAUUUUUUAGAAACUACACAAAACCGAGGUCCACAGGGUCUUGAUUUCCAAUCUGGGGAAAAUUUCGAGUUAAAUUCUCAAGAUGAUUUAAGGAAUGAGCAGAAGAAUAAAAUUGAGUUUACAAAGCCAGUACAGCAGCCUGAAAAUGAUGAACUAGAAACACUUGAAGGACCCUCUGUCCAAGUCAAAUUAGAUGAAGAUACUGAAUCAAAUGCACAAUACCAGGAUGAGACUGGUCCCCCAGCCCAUGAAGAGCAUGAAGGGGUGGUACUCAGGCAUAAAGCUGUAGACAAAGUGUCUGGGAGUAGUGAACGCAUCAGUUGGAGAGACAGUCUGAUCUUAGAUUUGGAGAAUGACCUGGAGGAGAGCCUAGAGAGUGGAUCAGAGCUUGGGUCCCCUGUAUCACCACCAGCUCAACCAGCAGGGAGAGAUCUGUCAGAAGAGAGUGAUGAAUUUAUAGACUCAGAAGAAGAUGAAGUUAUUGAUCAUGCUGCUGAAGCGCAACUAGGCGCUGUUGGGGGCUCUCAUUCUCCUAAUGAGGAUAUUGAUAAUGAUGACUUUAGUAGUGAUGAUGAAGACUAUGAUAAAGAUGAUGACAAUGAUAAUGAUCAUGUUUUUGACCCAAAACUUACUGUUGAUGGACUCUGCGUCAGCAAGCCAAAAGAAAAGGCUCCACUUAAAUCAGUGGACUCACACUACAACAGAGCGAUCGUGCUGGAUAAUGGGUGUGGCAUCUCAAAGAUAGGUUUUGCUGGUGACAGAGUACCUCGGAUCAUACAGCCAGCUGUUGUUGGGAACCCUCAGAGGUUUUCCAUGCUUAUUGGAGAUAAUGUAAACGUCAAGGACUACAAGAAAUAUGGUGAUGCAGCUGUUGCUAAGAGUGGGGUCAUGCAUCUCAGUUAUCCUAUGCAUGCUGACAAACUGGAGACCUGGACAGAUGUGGUAGAUCUGUGGGAGUACCUGUUAUAUGAUGAGCUUGAUAUUGGAGAGGGUGAACACCCUUUUAUCGUCACAGAGAUUGCUAAGAACCAUCCUAAAAAUCGAGAGAAACUUACUGAGAUUCUGUUUGAACAGUUCAGCGCUCCAGCGAUGUACUUAGCAGAUCAGCUGUCAUUGUCACUCUAUGCAUCUGGAAUGACAACUGGAGUAUGUCUGUCAUCUGGUUUCUCAUGCACCCAGGCAGCAGUCAUUUAUGAGGGCCACACCUUGAAUCACACUCUGCAGACACUAGAAAUUGGAGGGCACCAUUUGACAGAGAACUUGAAGCAGUACCUUAGAGAUCAAAGGGGUCAUAACUUCACUUCUUCAUCUGGCUGGCAGAUUGUCAACGAUAUCAAAGAGAAAAUUUGCUACCUUUCCAAAGAUCAUCUCAAAGAGGUGCAUAAUUACAAGACCAAUGAAGGGCUGACCAAAUUCUACACUUUGCCUGAUGGCCAGAUGAUCAGCAUUGGCUAUGAGUGUAUCUCCUCCAUGGAGCCCCUAUUCAGACCCGACCUGCUUUUGCAAGCAAAUGACACCAUUGCCUCCCAGCCACCUGUGUAUGAGCUGAUAUCCCGAGCCAUCAACAGGUGUGACUCGGAGAUACGCGACCACGCCCGACACCACGUGACCAUAUCUGGCGGGACAACUACGGCACAAGGAUUCGUCCCGCGCCUGCAGAGCGAACUCAAACAGAUAGAACCUAAGAUCAAGAAGCUGCGCGCCCCUGAGCACCGCAAGUACUCCGCGUGGAUCGGGGGCUCAAUUCUCGGCAGCUUACCGACCAUGGACUCGCAGUACGUAACCGUGGAUGAGUACGCGGACUCGGGACCCAGGAUCGUGCACAGGAAGUGCUUCUGAAUUAGAAUACAGGAAGUGCUUCUGAAUUAGAAUACAGGAAGUGCUUCUGAAUUAGAAUACAGGAAGUGCUUUUGAAUUAGAAUACAGAAAGUGCUUCUGAAUUAGAAUACAGGAGGUGCUUCUGAAUUAGAAAACAUGAAGUGCUUUUGAAUUAGAAUAAUCACUGGCACAUUGUCAUAGUAACCAUGUAAAAUGCUAUUUGUCACAGUGAAACUGUAAAACAACUGGCGGGUACAGAGUUCCGUGGUUCCAAAAUAAUGCCCUCGAUCUAAUCAGAUAAAGCUUUUCUAGGAGCAGACAGUUGAGGGCUUGGAAGACUGGAUCACUCUUUGUAAAACCCUGAACCCGCCACUGCUUUUGUAGACUUUGGGUAGAUGUAAUACGAAUGAUUGUUUCAUAUAUGCUUUGCUACUUCCAAAUUUCAUUUCGCUCCAACUUAAAAGUGCCCUGGUUUCAAAUUAGCGUCAUCAUGGAUUGAAUCUUAUGGGCUGCUCCCCUUUGCAUCAGGUAUUACAAAACGCUUUUUUAGCUGUAAGACAAGUAGAUUGUCAGUAUUUGCCACUAGAAUGGUGAUAAGCUAAUGGGGUACACAUGCUAAGCCCUCAGGUUCUGUAAUAGAAGUAGUUUUCUUUUAUCUAAAAGCACAGACUAAACCUGGCAGGUGAUGCAAAGUAAAAUGAAGUGUAUCUGUUCAAGCCCGAAUCAUCCCUUAUCACAGCACUGCUUUUUGGUAUUUACAUACAUUUACAGGCAAGCAAAUACUUUAUAAAUUGCUUCGGGCUAUGAAUAUAUAUGUUUUUUUUUAUUAGGUAAAACACUAACAAUUGUAGAUAAGUAAAAUGAACGCACGAAUUGCAAGUAGUGGCCGACGGUGAAAUUAAAAAGGCAGAAUAAAAACUCUUAGAUAUUU